AUGGCUCCUCGCUGCUGGUGGCACUGGACGCUGUGGCUCCGGACCCGACCGCCUCUCGCUCGGAGUCCCCUGAACUUUCUGCGCCAGUUCUCCACGGAAGAGCAGACCCCGCAGAUCUGCGUGGUGGGUAGUGGACCUGCUGGUUUCUACACAGCCCAACACGUGCUGAAGCACCACCCCCGGGCACGCGUGGACAUCUAUGAGAAGCAGCUGGUGCCCUUCGGCCUGGUACGCUUUGGUGUGGCACCUGACCACCCUGAGGUGAAGAAUGUCAUCAACACCUUUACCCAGACAGCCCGCUCUGACCGCUGUGCCUUCUGGGGCAAUGUGGUGGUGGGCAGGGACGUGACUGUGCCUGAGCUGCGGGCGGCCUACCAUGCUGUGGUGUUGAGCUACGGCGCAGAGGACCAUCAGGCCCUGGGAAUUCCGGGCGAGAACCUGCCAGGUGUGCUUCCGGCUCGGGCCUUUGUAGGCUGGUACAAUGGGCUUCCUGAGAACCGGGAGCUGGCGCCGGACCUUAGCUGCGACACUGCUGUGAUUCUGGGGCAGGGGAACGUGGCCCUGGACGUGGCUCGGAUCCUAUUGACCCCACUCGAGCAACUGGAGAAAACAGACAUCACGGCGGCCUCCCUGGCAGUGCUGAGGCAGAGUCGGGUGAAGAUGGUGUGGAUAGUGGGCCGGCGUGGGCCGCUGCAAGUGGCCUUCACCAUUAAGGAGCUUCGGGAGAUGAUUCAGUUACCAGGAACGCGGCCCGUGUUGGACCCUGCGGAUUUCUUGGACCUCCAGGAUAUAAUCAAGGAGGCGCCUCGCCCAAGGAGGCGGCUGACAGAGCUUCUUCUUCGAGCGGCCACGGAGAAGCCAGGCCAGUCAGACGCUGCCCGCCUGGCGUCAGCCCCUCGUGCCUGGGGCCUCCGCUUUCUCCGAAGCCCCCAGCAGGUGCUGCCUUCAUCGGAUGGGCAACGGACAGCAGGCAUCCGCCUGGCAGUCACCAGGCUGGAGGGUGUCGGCGAGGCCACCCGGGCAGUGCCCACGGGCGAAGUGGAGGACCUGCCUUGUGGGCUGGUGCUGAGCAGCGUGGGGUAUAAGAGCCGCCUCAUCGACCCCAGCGUGCCCUUUGACCCCAAACUCGGGGUCAUCCCCAAUGUGGAGGGCCGGGUUAUGGAAGUGCCAGGCCUCUACUGCAGCGGCUGGGUGAAGCGGGGGCCCUCAGGCGUCAUCGGCACGACCAUGAAUGACAGCUUCCUCACCGGCCGGGCGCUGCUGCAGGAUCUCCAGAACGGGGUGCUGCCCUCGGGUCCCAGGCCUGGCUACACGGCCAUCCAGGCUCUGCUCAGCAGCCGAGGGGUCCAGCCUGUCUCCUUCUCGGACUGGGAGAAGCUGGAUGCGGAGGAGGUGUCCCGGGGCCAGUGCAUUGGGAAGCCCCGGGAGAAGCUGGUGGACCCUCAGGAGAUGCUACAGCUCCUGGGACGCUGAGCCCAGCUCUAGCCCC